AACCCGUCCAACUCUCUCUUUCCCAUCUUGGUCGCCAUUGGAGUGGCGUCAACAUGCAGAUUUUCGUGAAAACACUCACGGGGAAAACCAUCACCCUAGAGGUGGAACCCAGUGACACAAUCGAAAAUGUGAAGGCCAAGAUCCAAGACAAAGAGGGCAUCCCUCCUGACCAGCAGAGGCUGAUCUUUGCCGGCAAGCAGCUGGAAGAUGGCCGCACCCUGUCGGACUACAACAUCCAGAAGGAGUCCACCCUCCACUUGGUGCUCCGCCUCCGAGGUGGUGCCAAGAAGAGGAAGAAGAAGAACUACACCACUCCCAAGAAGAUCAAGCACAAGAAGAAGAAGGUCAAGCUGGCUGUGCUGAAGUACUACAAGGUUGAUGAGAAUGGCAAGAUCACACGUCUAAGACGUGAGUGCCCGUCCGAGGAGUGUGGUGCGGGGCUGUUCAUGGCCAGUCACUUCGACAGGCAAUACUGCGGGAAGUGCUGCCUCACAUUUGUGUACAACAAGCCUGAGGAGAAGUAAAGCACAUGCUGAGAUAAAUAAAUACAGAUGUGAAUAUUGGAA